AUGCCGAUCAAGUCACACAAGCGCAAACGACCUCACGACGACUCGGAAGCCAUCGACCCGCCUGCCAUCACAGCUCCCCCACCCCCCACCACCGAAGCUACGACGCGUCGCGCAACGCGUCAGACUCCGAUACUCCCUCCAGUGCCGCCACCACACGCAUCGCCGCCGCGACCGGCCACAAUCCCAGCUCCCGCGGAUGCUGAAUCGCCUGUGCAGACGAAGCGAGGACGAGGAAGACCUCCAAAGCCGAAAACCACGACAGACACUCCUGUGCCUGUUCCCAUCAACCCUGGGGUCGAAACGGUUACACGAGCUGUCCCACCCUCCGCACCGAGCACCCAGCCUGGGCCAACGCAGCAGCAAACGACACAAGCACCGCGCGUUACAAGGCAAAGGGGUGCCAGCAUGGUGGCCAUCAACCAUCAGCCACCCCUCGCCGUCAAGGAAGCAAAGGAGAAUGUCAGACCAGCGAAUGGCCUUGUUGCGCCGCAAAUCACCUACCAGGCACCUCAACCACAGUCACAGCCAUGGACGAGAACCCUGAUGCGACCCAGCCCACCCACGAGCCUGCCGCCCUCACUCCAGCCCCAACCCAGCGUUCCGGACAGCAAACAGCAGCUGGCGCGGGUGCGCGAUCCCGCUCCCUAUCAGUACCCGACGAGACCGACCAACACGCCGAUCCCCGUUCCAGCCAUCACGCAUACCUCUCCACGAACGCCGUCUGCUCUGCCCCAGCACCCCACGAAGCAAGAAGCCCAGAAGAAGACGGCCAUGCCGACGCCGAGGACAGACCGCAACAUCGACAAGGUCGUCCUCGGCGACAUCUGCUUCCGCACGUGGUAUCCUUCCUACUACGGCAAGGAGCUCCUCGGCGACAUCUCCUCCGGCCACGCCAGCAGCAAGCCGAGCCACGCGCAGCAUUCAAACGGCGGCAAGGACGGACAUGGCCAGCAUAACGCGGGCGAGGCUGGUGCCAAGGCGCACGCCCGGCGCGGCGGCGACGCGCCCAUGCUCGACCGGCUGUACGUGUGCCCGUGCUGCUUCAAGUACUCCAAGGAGCUGGUGUCGUGGCUGGGCCACGUGCACGUGUGCGAGCGCAGCGCGGGGACGCCGCCCGGGCGGAAGAUCUACGUCCACCCUCGGGGACGCCGGACGGUGCUGCGGGCUGUGCCGGAGGUCAAGCGAGGGCCGGGGAAGAAGGCGAACGCCGGCAUACGGCACGUCGAAGAGGUUGUGCAGGAUCAGGGUGAGUGGAGCGUGUGGGAGGUAGACGGGGAGGUAGACGGCCUGUUCUGUCAGAAUCUCUCCCUGUUCGCGAAGCUCUUCCUGGAUAACAAGUCGGUCUUCUUCGACGUCACGGGGUUUACCUACUUUCUGCUCGUCUACACCCCACCUGCUCGGCCGCCAACGGGCCCGCCUGGCGAUCCAUCGCAGCCCGCUGUCGACACGUCCGACGAGAAGCCCGUGAGGCCGCACAUUGUCGGCUUCUUCUCCAAGGAGAAGAUGUCGUGGGAUAACAACAACCUCGCUUGCAUCCUCGUCUUCCCACCAUGGCAGCGCAAGGGCCUCGGCGCUCUGCUGAUGGGCGUCUCCUAUGAGAUCAGCCGCCGCGAGGGCGUCCUCGGUGGGCCGGAGAAGCCCAUCUCCGACCUCGGGAGGAAAGGCUAUCGUCGGUUCUGGGGCGGCGAGAUUGCGCGAUGGCUCCUGGGCAUCGGCGGCAUCGCUGGUGCAUUUGACAGCAGCGAGGAAACGCUGGUGGACGUGGGCGACUGCAGCAGGGGGACGUGGAUCGCGCUCGACGACUGCCUCAUCACCCUCAGGGAGAUGGGCUUGCUGCAGGAUGCUGGCGUUGGGCCGGGGAAGAAGCCCGAGGUUUCCCGCCCUGCUGCCAGUGACAAUGGAGACGGGGCUAUGGAGGACGUCGGUGAUGCUGGAGAGCCGGAGCCCGUGCCUGAUGUGCCCAGGGUGAAGCUCGACAAGGAGGCUGUUCGGGGCUGGAUCGCAGCAAAUGGCAUCAGUCUGGAGAGGGUCUGUGACCCGCAUGGAUUUGUCGAGGGCUACGCUGUGAAGCAGGGCUCUCCUGAAGAGGAGGAAUAUGCGUGA